UUGUUGAAGUGCGUCAAUGACCUUAAAGUUUCACAUAGCACGGUUUAUAAUUUUAUGAGGAGUAAAUGCAACGUUUCGUUGACGACAGCCGACUUUGACUAUCGAAAGAAGCAGUCAGCAAAGAUUGAGGAGCGAUACGGUUGGGUUCGUAAAUGUCUGACGAAUUAUGUGUUUCUUGAAGAACCUGCGGUUAAUAUCAAUAUAAAAACGCUCCAGGGCUUGUCCCAAAAAGGUACGUGUCCCAUUGUUACCGGACCUACUACGAGG